GUGGCUCUGAAUAUUUUACUGCGUCCACAACCGCGUCCAGUCGCAAGGUUAUACGUGUCACUGACUGCAUUCACAUUGUCCAUAAACAAACUGAGGCUCCAGGCAUUCAGUUGGGCUAUGGACAGACGCGUAAUUCUGUACGUCCUGGCUCUGACAGUUUCCGUUUCGGUGAACGUCAUUCUUGUCAUAAGGGUAUCGGUAGAGCAUGACAUCCGCUGGUUCCACAUCAAGGGACGAAAUGGGGGAUCUGGACUUAGCGAGAGGACCACAGCCUGGCAAGUAUCGGGGCAAGAAUCAAGCAGGAGAAGUCAAAACAGCAGCAUGGAUGAACAAGCCAUUUUACGAAAGAUAGGAGAGAUACUUGGAGUUACACUGAAGAACAGCGUUAACAUAGAAACGUCUGAGACGGGAAACAAGAAGACAGAUAGGACUGGGACCUUACCGACACACUCUUUACUCCCUAAAGCUGUUUCUACCGAACAUCCGCAAGCCCCAUGGUCUUUCAACGUUACGGCAGCAAAUCGGUUCAGGGCUGAGCUGGAAGUGGCAACAAUGACACAAAACUUAUUCGUCAUGACCCAGACAAACGUCCAGCUGAACGGUUCCGUGAAGUAUCAGGCAGGAACUGGAUACUUCAACAUCACCAAAGACUUUUACAGUUGGUUACCCAGGGACCUGCUGUUUGGCUACAAGAAGUACGGGACGUGCAGCGUGGUUGGGAACGGUGGGAUCCUGUUGAAUAGUGGCUGCGGCAGGAAGAUAGACUCUGCGGACUUCGUCAUCAGGAUGAAUCUGCCACAGAUGAAGAACUACACAGAAGAUGUGGGGAAGAAAACGAAUUUAGUCUCAGUGAAUCCAUCAAUUUUAAAAGGAAGGUUCAACAGUCUUCGAUCAAAAGCUGACAAAGAAGCGUUUAUAAACUACACGUGGUACUAUCAGGGCGCAUACUUGCUCAUAAGCGCGUUUACGUACCAGAGGGUAACAAAGUUGUCCUUUUCCGGCUACGAAACUGUACAGAGCGCCAAGGGCAAAACUACCAACGCAAGUAUGAUAUUUGGACAUCCCCAACAUCUCGACUUGGCCACGAAGUUCUGGAAAAAGAAGUACAAUAUCACGGAGAGAAGAUUAACUUCAGGUCUGUAUCUAGCAGGCACCGCCCUGAGUAUGUGCAGGAAGACCCGGCUGUAUGGGUUCUGGCCUUUCGACCAGGAUAGACAGGGGCGGGUACUGACGCACCACUACUACGAUAACGUCACCAUGUCCGCCCGACACGUGAAAAUCCGUCAACACGCCAUCCCGGAGGAGUACGCGGUGCUGCGAGGCCUGCACGACCGUGGUGUCAUACACAUGACAACUGACAGGUGUUCGUCAUAGGAGUGAAUAGGACACACUAACUUGACGAACAAACAAACAAAAAUACUAACUAUACAUUGCAAUAUAUACUCAGAAAGAAGGUAUCUCUAACGACCGUUUGCCUAAAGGAUAUGAUAUAUAUAUAUAUAAUGACCUAUGUGAAUCAUAUUUACUAAAAGAUGAUUUUAAUAAAGCACAUGGACAACGCUUUUAAUCGAUGUCAAUAUGUGUCAAACGCAGUAAGGCCAGAAUUCUCAAGGGAAAACGUCUGCGUAAUGAUUUAUUUAUAACAGUAAAUGUAGGGGCAUAUUUCAAAGCAAACUUUGUUGCGAGUUACAAAUUAAAGCAUAUGCAUUGCAUUUGUUGUCACUCGAGAUUAUAUACAUAUAAGUUUAGGUUUAUGAUUAACGUAUACAUACUCUAUGAGCUCUUGUAGUAUCUCUUUAUAGCGACAUAACUUUUAGACUUACUGGUAGCUAACAGAAUGCAUGAAACAUAUGACUUCAACAGAGAAAUGACAUGUAAACUUAUUGAAUUGAUAUC